AUGGUGAAGUACACGCGUACGAUGAAUCUCGGCAGGGAGAGAAGUGAUAGCGUAGGAGAGAGCGCGAUAGAAAGAGGAAAGAGGAAAAGGGAGAUGUUAGGAAAAGAGUCGCAGGAAGAAGGGGGGGUGGCGGAGAUUUUUAAGCGUAGCCACAAGACAACCAGGUCACCGGAGAAAAGAGGGGUGAGGGAUGAGAUGAAGGAGAUGUUACAGGAAAUAAGGAGGGAGAUAAGAGAGGGUUUAGGAUGGAUGAGAGAGGAGAUAAGGAAAAAGGCGGAGAAACAAAAAGAGGCGAUGAGGAUGGAAGUAGAAAGGAUGAAGGAGGAUUUUAAGGUCAAAGAGGAAAGAUGGAAUAAAGAGAGAGAGGAUUUAAAGAGAAGAAUAAUGAAGAUAGAGAAGGAAAUAGAAAGUUUAAAGAUAGGAAAGAAAAAGGAUGAGAGGGGAAGUGAGGAAGUGUUGGAGAGGGAGGGGGGAGGACUCAGGGGAGGCAGGGAGGUAGAGGAGUGGAAAGAAAAAGUUAAGAAAUUAGAGAGAAGAUGGGAAAUGAAAGAAAGGGGAGACAGAAGGCGGAGUUUGAUAGUAAAGAGGAUGAAAGGAGGGGAAGGAAGUUUGAAGGAAAGAGUGGAAGGAAUAAUUAAAGAAUUAGGGAUACGAGUGGAGAGGAAAGUGGAGGAAGUUAGGAAAGUAGAGGGAGAUAGAAGAGAGAGGGGGGAGAUGGUGAUAGUGAAGAUGGCAACCGAAGAUUGUAAGGGGGAGGUUAUGUUAAAUAAAUGGAGACUAAAAAGGAAGGAGAUAUGGAUAGAAGAGGAUUUAACGUGGGAGGAAAGGAGGAUUAAUUGA